AUGGGGGAACUGAUCACAGCUGCACAUGAGCUUGGAGUUGCCCAUCCUCCUGGCUAUCCUUUGUUCACGCUGGUGGCUAAACUGGCAAUUAUGCUCUUUCCUUUUGGUUCAGUUGCCUACCGCGUCAAUCUUCUGUGUGGCUUGUUUGGAGCAGUAGCUGCGUCGUUACUUUUUUUCACCGUUUUCAGGCUUUCUGGCUCACAUGCUGGAGGAAUCCUUGCUGCGGGGGUGUUUUCAUUUUCUCGUCUAACAUGGCAGUGGUCCAUUGCAGCAGAGGUUUUUAGCUUAAACAAUCUGUUUGUGGGGCUGCUUAUGGCUCUUACUGUACAUUUUGAGGAGGCAGCAACUGCAAAAGAAAGAUCAAAGAUAGCUAAAAUUGGUGCUUUCUGCUGUGGCCUUAGUUUAUGUAAUCAGCAUACAAUAGUACUCUAUGUUUUGUGCAUAAUACCAUGGAUUCUCUUUCGACUUCUAAAAGAGAAGCUGUUUGUUGAGGGCCUGCACUGCGCAGAUGCCGCUCUAGGUGCUAGAGGUUCAGCUCUCCCGACAGAACAGACAGCAUCACCACCCAUAGGACCCAAAAAUGCAAUUCCCCUUGACUACCAGAUCCAGGCACUUACGGGGCAUCCCCUGUAUGGGCUGUGCACCCUGGCUGACUCUGGUGGAGCUGUGGUGGAGUGUUAUAUGAUGACUUAUGAGUGGUAUUUACCCAAGAUGGCAAAGCAUUUACCAGGUGUCAACUUUCCUGGAGACCGGUGGAAUCCUGUGGAAGGAAUAUUACCUGGUGGAAUGGUCACAUUUAAUCUUUAUCAUUUUCUUGAAAUAAAUAAACAAAAAAAAACAUUUGUUUGCAUAGGAAUUCAUGAAGGUGACCCAACCUGGAAAAAGAACUAUUCACUGUGGCCUUGGGGCUCUUGUGACAAAUUAGUUCCUUCAGAGAUUGUAUUCAACCCUGAGGAGUGGAUUAAACUUACAAGAAAUAUCUAUAACUGGACUGCAGAAUAUGGAAGGUUUGAUCCAUCUUCUUGGGAAUCUGUGGCCGACGAAGAGAUGUGGCAAGCAAGGAUGAAAACACCGUUCUUCAUCUUUAACCUGGCAGAAACCGCGAACAUACCUUUAAAUGUGAAGGCUCAACUCUACACUCACGCGUAUAACCUUUAUAAGGAGAUUGUCUCUUUACAAAAGGAACACCCAGUGAAUUGGCACAAGAACUAUGCUAUCGCUUGUGAGCGGAUGUUACGCCUUCGGGAAAGAGGUGCAGACCCUGAAGUCUUGUUAUCUGAAACCAUCAGACACUUCCGUCUCUACACUCAGAAAGCACGGAAUGAUCCACAGCUGCCUGAUAUUUUCGUUGUUCUAAAGCACCUGAGAAAGGAAUUGCAAAGUCUGAGAAAUAGGAAAAAUGUCUGAGGCAGCAGGAUGUGAAAAAACCUGCUCAUCGUUCAGCUUCCAGAAUUCCAAAGUCCAAAAGUUUUUCCUCCAAGAAAAAAAAUUGUAAAAAAAAAAAAAAAAAUUGAAGACUCAGCCAUUUCCCAGAUAGGGUACAGCAGUACUAUUCAGUGGGGUGUUUGAGUGAUUGCGAUGUGCUACGUAUGCAAAUUCUAUGUAUCCCUUGUCACUUAGCAUUUCAGUGAGAACCUUCCAGAAAACCCUCCUACUUCUGUCUUUCACCUAAUGACUUUGCUUGAAUAGAUGCUAGAAGAGAAUGGGCUAUUUUCAUGUACUUUAAAUUUAAUCGAUUGUGAAUCGUUUAUUGGGAUCAGUUUUGAAGAUUGCUUAUUGGGAUUAGUUUUGAAGAUUAAAUUCAUAAAAUAUUAAUACCAGACCAAAGACACAUUUUCUGUUUCUCAAAAGCGAUUUUUUUUUUAAAGAGUGAACCUUGCUCUGCUUCAAAUUAAAAUACUUUUUUUUUUUUAAGUAGCUUUGGUUGUUACAUAAUCUCACACUUCAAGCUAAACACCAACCCAGUGAAUAUUUUGAAAAAAGUUGGGAGUUUUAUUGUCUUUGAUAAUUCUCUGAAAUUGUUAAAAAAUAAAGCUGCUAAUUUGCUUUCUUUCAGUUGCAUAAAGUGGCAAAUAAAAAGGAUUUUGUAUUUCCUUAGUUAA